CCCCCAGCCGUGAAGCGAAGACUCACUUUCGGCCCCCAGCUUGGAUGGAGGUCUGGCGAUGAGGCGGCCCUGAGACGGUGGUGGUGAGCCAGCCCUCCGGGACGGGGCCUCAGCUUGCAUCCCCGUCACCCAGUGACCCGUGUGACUCGAUGCGCUGCCCUCCAGCCAUCUGGGCGUCGGAGGCGUUUUUUUCCGGCUCCAACCAUUUAAACCUGUCUCCCCGCCUUGCACCUGGGGAAGAGCCGUGGGCCGCUGACACUGCUAUCCCCGGUCCCCACUGCGUCGGGCUGCGCACAGGGAGUGGUGGGCUCCGAAUAAUCUCAUUGCUCAGUGCUUGGAACCGAUUAAAUAAGUGCUCAGUAAAUGGCAGAGGGUUAUUUUGAGAACGGAGUGACAGCGCCUGGCCCGUUGGACCUCACUGCUAGCUGUUAGUACCUUGUACCAGUCACUGGGGUACCAGGAUCCCAGUCACAGGCAGGAUACCACCCUGGUCUCAUGGAACUGGGACGAGGAGGGGAGACUAACCUGUGAACCCACAACAUUACAACCCAGGUGCUAUGGGAGCCCAGCUUAAAAUGGAUAAGUAGUGGUACAAGAAAGAAGGGUAUAAAAAGGGGGCGUGCCUAGCACACACUGGGAAUGCAGUAAGUCUUUAUUGGAUUUAAAGGAAGGAGCAGAUAUUUGUAGAUGGUUUCCGUCUCCUCCCUCUCUCUUGGUUUUGUUCCAGCAGACGAUUCAUACUAGGCACUCGUGUGAAUUCCUGAGACAGGCCAGCUAGGCUGAUCUUGACACUCACCCCUCUCUCAAUUCCAGUGGCCAUCCUCACCUACAAGCUGGAGUUUUAGGUCAGAAGCAAAAUGGGCAUCUCGGGGGAGAAAGCGUUGGCAGAAGUGUUCUUCGUGUGGCCUCGACUCCUUGACUUUGGGCGUGUCCGUGUGUAUUAUGUGCAUUUGUGUGUUUUGGGGGAGAGGAACAGUGCAUUUCAUCAGUUUCUCAAGACUCUAGGAUGCCAAAAUGGUUAAGAACACCGGCUUAGCAGUGGACUUUCCCUGAAAGGAAUGCACUUGGUCUGUUUGUUCCCCCAAUUUUCAUGUCACCACACACCAGGUUUUCAGUACUGUGUGUUUGCACAUUGCUGGGCAAGAGUAGUGUUUUGUUUUUUUUUAAGCAUUUGUCUUAUUUUUCCCACCAAACUGCCCAGUGGCACCGUGCCUUCCGUUGGCCUGCCUGUGGUUGUUAUGAGUCAGGGUUUCGGAUGUGGUGGCUGUGGUGGCUGUGGGGUCACUAUAAUUACUGUAACUGACUUCAGGGAUGUGCCUGGAAGGCAGCUUUUGUUCCGAGUUGGACAUCAAUUCAUGCCCUUACUGAACUUGGGUCUGGCUACUUUUGAAACCCAGCCAGUUUCAAGUUCUAACCCAGGACACGGUCUUUUUGGGGUAGCAUGAACUAGGAGGAAUCUGGUAGGAUUCUGGAAUCCGGUAGGAUUUCUCUGGUAGGAGAAAUCUGGUUGCUUUGUCAAGCCCUCACCCCUCCCAUCCCGCACACCAACUGUUCCAAGUAACAGGAGAUGUUGCAGGCAGGGCCAGGCGGAGCUAUUCCUUUGGAGAGUGAUCCAGUGACCCUGAACGUCUGUUGGCCUCAUCUCUACCAACCUCUGCAGUCUCUGGCCGGCGUCCCCUCCUUCCAUCUCCCUUCUGCAGCUGCCGCUGCGCCUCAGCCCUCCCUCUGGUCUGGAGGCUUUGUCCCCGCCCACCUCUCCCUUUGCGGAAGCCCCAGCUCCAGCUUAAAGCUUUUACUUUGUCACAACUCCGCCCAUUCAAGACACACCCGCUGGGGAAGUUUCCUCUGUUUCUCCUCAGCCGGUUCUGUGUCAGAGCCGGCAGAGAUGGACCAUCCCAAACCCAAGGUCCUCCCAGCCGGGCACCACUGCCCCUCCCUGGGAAUGUGGGCAUUGGAGGCGGGCAGCGUGAGGUUCUCUGUGCCACCCUCCAUCAGCAGGAACUCAGUCAUGGUGAACGAACCUGGAGGGCAUGGCGGCCCCAACCCCUGCCUGGAGGGCAGCAGCAUUGGUCGUGAGAGCUCCAAGGUUCGUUCGAGAUGUUCCACACGGGGUCUGAAGCCUGAGCGGCAUGAAAGACUGAGGGAGAAGAUGAGGAGGAGGAUGGAAUCUGGUGACAAGUGGUUCUCCCUAGAAUUCUUCCCUCCGCGGCUUGCUGAGGGAGCUGCUGAUCUCAUCUCAGGAUUUGACCAGAUGAGGGCAGGCGGCCCCCUCUUCAUAGACGUGACCUGGCACCCAGCAGGAGACCCUGGCUCAGACAAGGAGACCUCCUCCAUGACAAUUGCCGGCAUUGCUGUGAACUACUGUGGCCUGGAGACCGUCCUGCACAUGACCUGCUGCUGUCAGAGCCAGGAAAAGAUCACGUGCCAUCUGCACAAGGCUAAGCGUCUGGGCCUGAAGAACAUCUUGGCAUUGAGGGGAGACCCCGUAGGUGACCAGUGGAAAGAGGAGGAAGGAGGCUUCUGCUACGCUCUAGACUUGGUGAAGCAUAUCCGAAGCGAGUUUGGUGACUACUUUGACAUCGGUGUGGCAGGUUACCCCAAAGGCCACCCUGACGCAGGGAGCUUUGAGUCUGACCUGAAGUUCUUGAAGGAGAAGGUAUCUGCAGGAGCCGACUUCAUCAUCACCCAGCUUUUCUUUGAGGCUGACACAUUCUGCCACUUUGUUAAGGCUUGCUCCGAGAUAGGCAUUACCUGCCCCAUCCUCCCCGGAAUCUUUCUUAUUCAGAACUACCACUCCCUCCAGCAGCUUGUGAAACUGUCCAAGCUGGAGGUGCCACAGCAGAUCAAGGACAAGAUCGAGCCGAUCAAGGACAAUGACGCUGCCAUCUGCAACUAUGGCAUCGAUCAGGCUGUGAGCCUGUGCCAGACGCUGCUGGCAAGUGGCUUGGUGCCAGGCCUCCACUUCUACACCCUCAACCGCACCAUGGCCGCCAUACAAGUGCUGAAGCGCCUGGGCAUGUGGACCGAAGACCCCAGGCGUUUCCUGCCCUGGGCUGUCAGUGCCCACCCCAAACGCUGGGAGGAAGAUGUGCGUCCCAUCUUUUGGGCCUCCAGACCAAAGAGUUACAUCUACCGCACCCGGGAGUGGGAUGAGUUCCCCAAGGGCCGCUGGGGCAAUUCUUCCUCUCCAGCCUUUGGGGAGCUGAAGGACUACUACCUCUUCUACCUGAAGAGCACGUCCCCAAAGGAGGAGGAGCUGCUGAAGAUGUGGGGGGAGGAGCUGAACAGCGAAGAAAGUGUCUUUGAAGUCUUUAUGCACUACCUCUCGGGAGAGCCAAACCGGAAUGGCUGUAAAGUCACUUGCCUGCCCUGGAAUGACAAGCCCUUGGCAACCGACCCCAGCCUGAUGAAGGAGAAGCUGCUGUGGAUGAACCGGCGGGGCGUUCUCACCAUCAACUCCCAGCCCAACAUCAACGGGCAGCCAUCCUCCCACCCGGUCUUGGGCUGGGGCCCCAGCGGGGGCUAUGUCUUCCAGAAGGCCUACUUGGAGUUCUUCACUUCCCCCAAGACAGUGAAAGCGCUUCUACAGGUUCUGAAGAAGUACGAGUUCCGGGUUAACUACCACAUCGUGGAUGUGAAGGGUGAAAACAUCACCAAUGCCCCUGAGCUGCAACCCAAUGCUGUCACUUGGGGCAUCUUCCCUGGGCGAGAGAUCAUCCAGCCCACCGUGGUCGAUCCUGUCAGCUUCAUGUUCUGGAAGGAUGAAGCCUUCGCCCUGUGGAUCAAGCAGUGGGGCAAGCUGUACGCCGAGGCGUCCCCAUCCCAGGAAAUCAUCCGGUAUAUCCACGACAACUACUUCCUGGUCAACCUGGUGGACAAUGAUUUUCCCCUGGACAACUGCCUGUGGCAGGUGAUAGAAGACACAUUCGAGCUUCUCGACCGCCCACCUCAGACUGACAGAGACAUGGAGGCUACGUGACCCCGCACCCUGCCAUCCUUAGAGGCCCGUUGCGUCCUGCCUUCCUCCUCUCCAGUCCUGGUUCUCCUGGAGGCCCCUAUUCUCCUUGGUUUCUCCCAAGCCCUGGCCUCUGCUGCCCUGGAUGAUGAUGCCAGCUAGACUGGUAUGAGGCUUCCGGGCUCUGGCUGGACCUGCGUCAGCCCCACACAGGAGCCUGAGCAGGAGCAGGUGUUCCCUGCUCAGCCGGGAGAUUCUGCUCUUUUGCGAGGAGCGCCUCCCUCCUGCAGAGGACCUGAGAAGGGGAGGAGACUGGUGAGUGCUGACUAAGGCAGCCACUAGCAGCCAGCCUGGAGCCGCCAGUGACCUCGCACUUGGGACCUAUGGAGAACGGGCAAAGCGAACAUGGGCAGCAGGCACUUGUGGCACUGCAGAAGAGCUGUGGCAAAGCGAGGUGCUGCCCCCUUCCGCCUUCAAGAUGUUGGCAGCUGGGCAUUUCCUACUUGUGAUUAAAACGGCAGACACUGUCCUGCCCUGGCACCAGGCCCCUGGAUGGGCCUGGGGCUGAAACUUAAUACAAACAUUUCUUACCACCUUCUACUUCAGAGCUCAGCUGGGUUUUCAC